AUGGAUUCAAUUUUCGGCUUAUAAGGUGGUGAUUUUGUAAUUAUCGCAUGCGAUGGCAGCAUUGCCCACAGCAUCCUAAAGAUUAAGGAAACCGAAGACAAAAUUCUUAAGCUUGAUGAUCAUAAGAUUUUUGGGAUUUCAGGAGAAGGAGCUGACAGAAACUCUUUUGGGGAAAUAGUACAUAAGAAUCAUUGUCUUAUAAGAUAUAAAACAGGCGGAUACAUGAAUCUCCAAGAAACUGCUCAUUUUGUUAGAUCAAUGUACGCUUAAGCCAUCAGAUCAAGAGAUGGUCCUCAUUAAUGCAAUGGCUUAUUAGGAGGAGUUGAUUCAGAUGGCACACCUUCACUUUAUUGGCUUGAUUAUUUGGGAUCCCUAUAAAAGAUCACAAGAGGAGCUUAAGGCUAUGCAAACUAUUUCCUAUUGGGUCUGUUGGAUAAUUAAUAUAAACCUAAUCUAAUUAAAGAAGAAGGAAUUGAAAUAAUCAAGAAGUGCAUCAAAGAAUUAUAAACCAGAUUCCUGAUUGCCUAAAAUAAAUUCAUCGUUAAGAUUGUUACCAAAUAAGGAAUUGAAGUAAUCACCAUUUGAACAUAAUUACAAUUAUAAAUGUUAAUCUUAAAAAUUAAAUUGUA